AUGAGUAGAGACCUUGUGGUCAUUUUGUUGUUGCAAAUAUCAUUCUCUGUGUCAAAGUUUACAGAUGGAAAUUAUGACCUUACACCUGACUUGUUCCACCUUGACGAUUUCGACAAAUGCUUGUACCUCACUAAUAGUACCGACCCCGCCUACUGCUCCCUCACAGUACAGCUUCAACCCGAAAAUCCAGAAAAUGCGAGCGAAGCGUGGGACAUAAUUGAGGAAAUGAGUUCGGACAACAGGAACUAUCGUCACGAUUUGCUGCGACAUGGAAUUUGUACCUCUGGAAUAUGUUCAAGCUACCAAGGAACGAUUUCUGAGUGUUUGGACCACCACUACAAGACGAAAUAUCAAAAUUUGGGACUGGUAGGACGGGUCGAAGAAAUGCGUUGUGAAACACGUACCUCCAAGCACAAAGUAGAUGCUACAGAUCUGACCAUAAGUGUAUUUCUAGGGGUGUACGUCGCUUUCGUACUAUCAGUGACAAUUUGGUUGGAAAUUGUCAAAAAUAAGUCAAAACGUGAUACUUCGAAUAACAGAACACUAACACGAACCCAAAAAUGUCUAUCAGUGUUUUCGAUUUUUGAUAACAUGAAAAUAAUAGUCGACGUUCGACAUCAAGACAAGGAUUACAUGCCUUUUUUGCAGACAAUACGAUUUGUACUGUCCGUGCUUGUGAUAUUUGGACACGUGAAAGGCUUUGAUAAAAUCACGCCACUUUUGAACCCUGAUAGUUACGAAAAAGAAGCUAAAACAUGGUUCCAUCUAUUUUUCUCACAAGGAAAAAUUAUAGUGUCGAUUUUCUUCAUCAUAUCGUCUUGGUUGAUGGCAAUCAAAUUCUUCAGACGACUCAAAGCCGAGGGUUACGUCGACUUUGGAUACGUUCUGCGGUCGACCAUAAAACGAUACAUUAGGUUUACUUCAGGACAAAUACUUAUUGUAGCCUUGCACGGAACGCUCUUGGUUCAUUUGUUCCGUGGUCCACUUUGGGAGACCAUAAUGGGUACAGAACACCAAAUGUGUAGAGAAAACUGGUGGACAAAUUUGCUCUACGUGGGUAAUUUUGCCGUCAGCGAUGGAAUUUGCCUCAUUCAUACUUGGUCGUUGUCUGUAGACUUCCAGUUGACCGUCUUAGGACUCUUGAUUUUAUGGUUGACCCAAAAGAAACCCAGAUAUUUGUUUGUGGCGUGUGGACUGGUAAUCACCGGUCACAUAAUCAUCACGUUUGCUUACUUAUUUUCAAACAACUACAAAUUUUCAGUUCUGUUUACUCCGGAACUAACGUACUAUUUAAGAGUUCUUUUUGUCAAAGAGUGGCAAGCUACGUGGACUACGACUUGUUCGAAUUUGGCUGCACUUGGAUGUGGGUUGUGCAUUGGGUACUUUAGCACGAAAUACGACAAGGAAAAAUUUAUAACCAAAAAGGUUGACUACUUAGAGGGUUUACUAGUCACUAGAUGGUUGUUUCAGGUCUACGCAACUUUAUGGUGGGUUAUAACCACUAUUUUAGUCGUUGGUACCCCUUUAGCGUCCAUGUGUUCCAUGACCACCUGGUACUACUCCCACAGUAGAUGGUUUACUGCAGCCUAUGGGAGUACAGAUAAGGUGUUCUUCAUUUUUGGGAUUGCGAUGCUAAUUUUUGGGUUUUCGCAAGAUAUUGGAGGUGUUUUUAAAAAAUAUAUGGAGUCGGCUCCUAUGUACACUCUGGGUCAACUGUCGUUUGGUGCCUACAUUAUUCACUACACUUUUCUGAAUAUAGAAGCUGGUUUAAGAAGGACGCUGCACUACAUGUCCGAUUACUUAAUAGUUGCCGAAAUUAUGAAAAAUGUUACGUUGUCCUACCUUUCGUCUCUGAUAUUGACUGUUUUCGUGUUAUUACCAAUGGAGAGAUUGUCGAAGAUGUUAAUUGUGAAGAAAACCAAAACGGAAUAA